AUGUUGAUGUUGAUAGUCGUGAUGUUCGCCAUAUGUUGGCUUCCAAUCCAGUUAUUCGGACUAAUCGUAUGGUUUCAUCCGAUCAGUUUGGACACUGACCUCCAGUACAACCUAUACGUCGGACUCUAUUUCGCGAGCCAUUGGCUCUCAAUGAGCCACUCAUUCAUUAAUCCUCUCAUCUACUCCUAUAUGUCCUCCAAUUUUCGGGUAUUACUUCGACACUCAUUAUUUCUGGACACUGACCUCCAGUACAACCUAUACGUCGGACUCUAUUUCGCGAGCCAUUGGCUCUCAAUGAGCCACUCAUUCAUUAAUCCUCUCAUCUACUCCUAUAUGUCCUCCAAUUUUCGGACUGAUUUGUGGAAAAUGUUGAGACGUUUCAAACCGAAGAUCUUUCGCUCAUUCAAUGAAUUUCGUUUCAAUAAUAACUUUGAAUUAAGUGACUCUCAAUACUCCCAUGAGAUCAGCUAUAAUUAAUAACUCAUUUAAAAUGCUACCUG